CUGGAGGUCCGCGCGUGAACUGCAAUCCGAGCCCAAGCCCGCCUGAGCUGCUGUACCGCUCUUGUUUACAGAAGCUACCUGCCCACAACAACAAGAAUUGGUCUGAUGGAGCAAAGGCACUCGGCGCGACUCGGUGCGACAAGGCAACAAUGCGACCGGUGUGCAUACAGCACGGAUCAUCCUGGACAUUUGACACGGCACCAGAGAACUCACACAGGGGAGAAACCCUUCAAGUGCAGUGUGUGUGGGAAGGCGUUUGCACUUUCAGCAAAUCUUCAUGUACACCAGAGAACACACACGGGAGAGAAACCCUUCAAGUGCAGCGUGUGUGGGAAGGCGUUUUCACAGUCAUCUACUCUUGUAGCACACCAGAGAACACACACGGGAGAGAAACCCUUCAAGUGCGGUGUGUGUGGGAAGGCGUUUGCACAUUCAUCUACUCUUGUAGCACACCAGAGAACACACACGGGAGAGAAACCCUUCAAGUGCAGUGUCUGUGGGAAGACGUUUUCAGAUUCAUCUACUCUUGUAGAACACCAGAGAACACACACGGGAGAGAAACCCUUCAGGUGCACUCCGUGCGGGAAGGCGUUUGCACAGUCAGAA